ACCCUCACAUUGUGCUGCCGUGACGUGUAGUUAUUGAUACGCUAUCCAGAUUCUGUAGUGCUCCUACGCAGCCAAACCGAUCACCGACUUUCCCCGGAACCAAUAACAAAGGAUUGGAUACGUGCACCUCUUCUUGCUUCUCCCUCGUCUCCGGCCACCUGUGCGGAAGCAAGCGAUCAAUGGCCGAAAACGAAGUUCUGAUUGAAGUGGAAGCGGUCCAAGCAGUCUACGGCGACGAUUGUCUCGUUCUCCAUCAAUUCCCUCCCCAUCUUCAUGUCCACAUUAAGCCUCGAACUGCCGACGUCUCCUCUCAGCAGUUUGUGGAAGCAACUCUUGGGAUACAAGCAGGUCCUCAGCAAUCGAGGAAACCUGCUACGCACUUUUCUGGACCUUGACAUAAGUGAGUAUCCCAAGGAAACACCCUGUAUUUGUAUUAUAGAAUCUAAGGGUCUUGACGAAGAAAGACAAAGGCAACUUUUAACUUGCAUACAAGAUAAAGCGAUUGAACUCUCCUCCUGUUCAAUGCUUAUAGCACUUUGUGAGGAAGCAGUGGAGAGGCUCUCUCUUAUGAAUCAUCCUGAUGGAAAUUGUCCAUUGUGCUUGCAUCAUUUAGUUUUGGAUGAUGAUGAGGAUAACAUCUUGCCAUUUAUGAAGUUGAUGUCUUGUUUUCAUUGCUUUCAUAGUGAGUGCAUUAUUAGGUGGUGGCAAUGGCUGCAAAUGGAAAAAGUUACUGACUUUAGAAAUUCAAGUCCUGCAACUAUACAUCCUUCGAGAGAGAGAAAAAAUUCACAAGACGUCCCUGGAAUUAUGGAAGAGAAUGUGGGGAACUGUCCUGUCUGUCGUAAGGUUUUUGUAACCAAGGAUAUUGAACAUGUGCUUGAGUUGGUUGGUACUUGUGCCUCCAAAAUGAGUUCCUCAGGAAAUGAAGUCAGUGAUGAUGAGAAGCUCCUUCAGUCUGAUUCUGAGGUUUUCAGAAGACACAAAUUUGAGACCAUAUUAAGAUUACAGCAAGAAAACAGUGGCUUGAUUGAACCAAAGAGAAAUGAAGUCCUAAGGCCAGGUAUGUUUCUUCCAGAGUCAAAUACAGUACCUGUUACCACGUUGACUGGAGAGAAUCAUGAGCAGCAACACAGAGGCCCAACAGUUAGCUCAGAAACAAAUUUGCAUGGUUCCUCACAUAUGGCUGGCACCAGUGAGCAUAGGAACUCAGGCGCUAGAAAGCAUAGAGCGCGAUAUUCAAGAAAACCAGCUAGACAGUGGAUCAGGAAACAAAAUGGUACAGAAGAUUAAGCCUGAUAAACUGCUGGUUGGAGUUUUUGAUACCAAGUAGUUUAUUUUUGAAUGAAAAUGCUGUCCAAAUGGAAAAUAUCAAAAAGAAAAGAAAAGCAUAAUUUUACGUGUUUCUAUUCUGAGUUUGCUUUGUAGUUGUCGGGAUUUGGCUUAUGCAGGGGAUAUUUGAUGCCCCUCUGCUGUGAAUAAUAUGUAAAGCCAUUGGGUAUUCAGGUAUAAUAUUCAAAGUUCCAAUCAAAA